AUGCAUUUUAUGUUUUAUUUUUCCCUUUUUCUUAUCUGUGUUUCCCAAUACAGUUUACAAAAAGUAAAUGUAAAAGAAUUAACUGGGAAAUUUGAAAAACUUUCGCAAGGAGGUGAGCAAUUAACUGAUGAAAAUAGAAGGCCAACAAAUGGAAGACAAAGAGAUUUUGAAUCGCAAAGACUUUUCGGUCAUAGUUCUAUGGAUAGCCAAAAAUUAGGUUCAAAAUAUAACGAUAUUAAAGAAACACUUACGAAUUAUAUGAAAAAUGGGAAAUAA